GCUGAGAACGCGAAACCAGGCAGUGGGACUCCGGCGGUCAGACAGGAGACAGGGAAAGAGAGAGAACUUCGUGCGUUCUACUACACACAGUCACAGGAUAAGGACCAGUGCGUAGACAGUUAUUAUAGACAUUUUUGUGUGUCUUCUUUUUAAAUCAACGUUUACACGUGAGAUUACGGUUGUAGUGGAUGUAAAGGAAAUAGAAUCGGAGGAAUGUAUCCAGCUAGAGUAACAGUGACCCACCGUCUUCCGAGAUGUCAGCUCCACAUUAUCCGAACCAUCGUGCUACUCCUGGCUGUCCUAGAGAUGACUGCGACCCGGUCUGACUUCCCCCACGACCCCAGUGUUGUGGCCCCCUCCACUUGGAACAGCUCAGCUCUCUUCUUGCGUCUGGAGGCUCCUAUGAACAACAUCACCACGUCUCUGGGCCAGACAGCAGAGCUGCUGUGUCGUGUGUCCGGUAACCCCACUCCCACGGUGCGCUGGCUGAAGAACGACGCCCCCGUGGUCCAGGAGCCUCGCCGGAUCUCCUACCGACAAACGCCCUACGGUUCCCGCCUCCGCAUCCGUAACCUGGACACUACAGACACAGGCUACUUCCAGUGUGUGGCCACUAACAGCUACGGCACCGUCUCCACCACAGGAGUACUCUUCGUCAAGUUUGAUCCACUCCCUACACCAAUGCCAGGAAGGCCCUAUCCUGAUGAUUUUGAUGAGGAGGGGUUCUGCCAACCGUACAGGGGAGUGGCCUGUUCUCGCUUCAUAGGAAACCGCAGCAUCUUCGUUGACUCUCUGCAGAUGCAGGGUGAGAUCGAGACACAGAUCACAGCCGCCUUCACCAUGAUCGGAACGUCCAACCACCUGUCGGACCGCUGCUCCCUGUUCGCCAUCCCGUCUCUGUGCCACUUUGCCUUCCCAACAUGUGACCGCAGCUCUGGGACAGACAAGCCCAGGGACCUGUGUAAGGACGAGUGUGAGAUCCUAGAGAAUGACCUGUGUAAGACCGAGUACAUCAUCGCCCGUUCCAACCCCAUCAUCCUGAAGAGACUGAAACUACCUAACUGUGAGGACCUGGCGGGACACACCAGCCCAGAGGCUGCCAACUGUAUGAGGAUAGGGAUCCCCAUGGUCGAGCCCUUCAACAAGAACCACAAGUGUUUCAACAGCAGUGGUUCAGACUUCCGCGGGACGGUCAGUAAGACCAAGUCAGGUCGUCAGUGCCAGCCCUGGAACUCCCAGUACCCUCACAGCCACACCUACCUGGCGGUACAAUACCCCGAGCUCAGCGGAGGACACUCCUACUGCCGUAACCCCGGCAACAAGCAGGAGGGACCAUGGUGUUUCACGCUGGACGAGGGGGUCCGCUUGGAGCUAUGUGACAUCCCUGUUUGUGAUUAUAAGGAGAAGCGUGGGGGCAGUAACAUGGAGAUUCUGUACAUCCUGGUCCCGAGCAUAGCCAUCCCUCUGGCCAUCGCCCUCCUUUUCUUCUUCAUCUGUUUGUGUCGUAACAACCAGAAGGCUUCUCGCCCCCCAGCCCCCAGACAGCCCAAACCUGUCAGGGGACAGAACGUUGAGAUGUCCAUGCUCACCAACUACAAACCCAAGAGUAAGGCCAAGGAACUCCCCCUAUCCGCAGUGCGUUUCAUGGAGGAGCUAGGUGAAUGUACAUUUGGUAAGAUCUACAAGGGUCACCUGUACAUGCCUGGUAUGGAGCAUGCCCAGCUGGUGGCCAUCAAGACCCUGAAGGACUACUCCAGCCCUGGCCAGUGGGGGGACUUCCAACAGGAGGCAUCAGUCAUGGCUGAGCUGCACCAUCACAAUGUGGUGUGUCUUUUGGGGGUAGUGACACAGGAGCAGCCUGUCUGCAUGCUGUUUGAAUUCCUGAACCAGGGGGACCUCCAUGAGUUCCUCAUAAUGCGUUCUCCUCACUCUGAUGUGGGCUGUAGUAGUGAUGAGGACGGGACCAUCAAGUCCAUCCUGGACCACGGAGACUUCCUGCACCUGGCCAUCCAGGUGGCUGCUGGUAUGGAAUACCUGGCCAGUCACUCCUUCAUCCAUAAGGACCUGGCAGCCCGUAACAUCCUAGUGGGGGAACGGCUUCAUGUCAAGAUAUCUGACCUGGGUCUGUCCCGAGAGAUCUAUGCUUCCGACUACUACAGGGUCCAGCCCAAGGCUUUACUCCCGAUCCGAUGGAUGCCUCCUGAGUCCAUGGCCUAUGGGAAGUUCACGUCGGAGUCAGACAUCUGGGCGUUUGGCGUGGUGCUGUGGGAGAUCUUCAGCUACGGCCUGCAGCCCUACUACGGCUUCAGCAACCAGGAGGUCAUGGAGAUGGUGAGGAAACGCCAGCUGCUGCCCUGCCCAGAGGACUGCCCACCCAGGGUCUUCAGCCUGAUGACAGAGUGCUGGCAGGAGGGCCCAGCGAGGCGUCCGCGGUUUAAGGAUAUCCACUGUCGUCUCCGGGCCUGGGAGGGGCUGUCAUCCCACGCCAGUUCUAGUACUCCAUCAGGAGGCGGGGGCAACGCCACCACCCAGACCACCUCGUUGAGUGCUAGUCCUGUCAGUAACCUCAGCAACCCACGCUACGCCGCCGCUGCAGGCUACCUCUACCCAGCCCAAGGGAUACCCGCGCCAGGUCAUCCGGGCCACCAAAUGGCAGGCUGGACCCCUAUGGCCCAUGGAGCACCCAUGGCCCAGAACCAGCACCAACACCAAUGCUUCAUUCCUGUCAACGGCUACCCCAUCCCCCCAGGCUAUGCUGCCUUCCCUGCAGCCCACUUCCAGGCCCAGGGCCCCCCCAGGGUGGUGCAACACCUCCCUCCACCCAAGAGCAGAUCUCCCAGCAGUGCUAGCGGCUCCACCAGCACCGGUCAUGUGGCCAGCUUGCCGUCCACGGGGUCUAAUCACGAUGCGAACACGCCACUGCUGUCACACUGCGUGGCGAUAUCCGCCCUGCCAGGGGGCGGGACCAUGCAGGUGUAUGGACACAUGUCCCAGAAGGCUUUGCAACAGAUGGACCCCUCGCAGACGUCCGCACUGCUGGCCGACGCCAACAGACUCAUGUACAGCGAUUCGAUCAUCACCGCUGACGUGUAAAUAGACUACAGACCUGGACUAUAUAAUAUCUCAUCUGGUUGAUUUGAUGCUUUGUUUCCUUUUACCUGUUUUGUUUGUUUUUGUAAGAACAUUAUUAUAAUUAUUGUUUCAACUUUUUACUCUACUUGUAAAUACAUGUACGUAAAUCCCGAAUGAAUGAGAUGCAAAGAUUUAUAUUCAAAUAACUUUUUUUUAAUAAGAGAGCUAGAAGUCGUGGCCUGCCUCCUAUUCUGAAACUCAAACAGCCUGGAUAGAUUCUUAAUGAAUCUACUCUACCUGCCUGGAUAGAUUCUUAAUGAAUCUACUCUACCUGCCUGGAUAGACUCUUAAUGAAUCUACUCUACCUGCCUGGAUAGACUCUUAAUGAAUCUACUCUACCUGCCUGGAUAGACUCUUAAUGAAUCUACCCUACCUGCCUGGAUAGACUCUUAAUGAAUCUACCCUACCUGCCUGGAUAGACUCUUAAUGAAGCUACUCUACCUGCCUGGAUAGACUCUUAAUGAAUCUACCCUACCUGCCUGGAUAGACUCUUAAUGAAUCUACUCUACCUGCCUGGAUAGAUUCUUAAUGAAUCUACCCUACCUGCCUGGAUAGACUCUUAAUGAAUCUACUCUACCUGCCUGGAUAGACUCUUAAUGAAUCCACCCUACCUGCCUGGAUAGACUCUUAAUGAAUCUACUCUACCUGCCUGGAUAGACUCUUAAUGAAUCUACUCUACCUGCCUGGAUAGACUCUUAAUGAAUCUACUCUACCUGCCUGGAUAGACUCUUACUGAAUCUACUCUACCUGCCUGGAUAGACUCUUAAUGAAUCUACUCUACCUGCCUGGAUAGACUCUUAAUGAAUCUACUCUACCUACCUGGAUAGACUCUUAAUGAAGCUACUCUACCUGCCUGGAUAGACUCUUAAUGAAUCUACUCUACCUGCCUGGAUAGACUCUUAAUGAAUCUACUCUACCUGCCUGGAUAGACUCUUAAUGAAUCUACUCUACAUGCCUGGAUAUACUCUUAAUGAAUCUACUCUACUUGCCUGGAUAGACUCUUAAUGAAUCUACUCUACCUGCCUGGAUAGACUCUUAAUGAAUCUACCCUACCUGCCUGGAUAUACUCUUAAUGAAGCUACUCUACCUGCCUGGAUAGACUCUUAAUGAAUCUACUCUACCUGCCUGUAUAGACUCUUAAUGAAGCCACUCUACCUGCCUGGAUAGACUCUUAAUGAAUCUACUCUACAUGCCUGGAUAGACUCUUAAUGAAUCUACUCUACCUACCUGGAUAGACUCUUAAUGAAUCUACUCUACCUGCCUGGAUAGACUCUUAAUGAAUCUACUCUACCUGCCUGGAUAGACUCUUAAUGAAUCUACUCUACAUGCCUGGAUAUACUCUUAAUGAAUGUACUCUACUUGCCUGGAUAGACUCUUAAUGAAUCUACUCUACCUGCCUGGAUAGACUCUUAAUGAAUCUACCCUACCUGCCUGGAUAGACUCUUAAUGAAUCUACUCUACCUGCCUGGAUAGACUCUUAAUGAAUCUACUCUACCUGCCUGGAUAGACUCUUAAUGAAUCUACUCUACCUGCCUGGACUAACUCUUAGAAAACUCUGAAUCAGGCACUUAUUGAUUUUCUGGAGCACUUGAGGGCUGUUCUGCAGUAGGGUGUGGUGUUGUUGGACUGGAGGGGCCACGUUCUACAGUAGGGUGUGGUGUUGUUGGACUGGAGGGGCCAAGUUCUGCAGUAGGGUGUGGUGUUGUUGGACUGGAGGGGCCAAGUUCUGCAGUAGGGUGUGGUGUUGUUGGACUGGAGGGGCCAAGUUCUGCAGUAGGGUGUGGUGUUGUUGGACUGGAGGGGCCAUGUUCUGCAGUAGGGUGUGGUGUUGUUGGACUGGAUGAGGCCUGUCCUACACAACCUUAUGCAAUAACAUAGCACUCAUACCCUCUGCAUCACUCUCCACAGUUAUGUGCCUCCACAGUUAUGUGCCUCCACAGUCUCCACAGUUAUGUGUGUCCACUAGACUCUCUUCUCAAUACAGGGUUCUAUCAAUUCAUAUUUCACUGAUAUAUAGGUACUAGGACUGAAUCAGACGAGUGUUUAACCAGCAAUACUUCUCUCUCCAAUCUGUGAGCAUGUCUCUCCUCCCCUCUAUCAUCCUCUUACAAUAGAUCAGCUAUGCAAUAUGGCUCUUACAUUGGCUAUGCAGUCUUUGAUCUAUUCAUUUAUUGCUGUUGUUAUGAUAUGAAGAAAUAGUACUGAUACAUGUGUGUUCAUCCCAACUUCUUUCUCAAAGCAAUCAAUCUAACAAUAAUGUCUGACAGUAGGGUGAAGGAAUGAUAAAAUACAGGUAUGAAUCUGUAUUAAGCAGCUACAAUACAGUAUAUUUCAGCUCACUUUAAAGUGUUUGUUGCUAUGCAACUACUUAGUACAAAGACUCACUGUCUGCAUGUACAGAAAGAGCACAAUCCUCGGUAGCUCUUGCCUUCCAUGCUUACUUUGGUAUAAUACACAUCUCUUCCAUACUUACUUUGGUAUAAUACACAUCUCCUCCAUACUUACUUUGGUAUAAUACACAUCUCCUCCAUACUUACUUUGGAUUAAUACACAUCUCUUCCAUACUUACUUUGGUAUAAUACACAUCUCUUCCAUGCUUACUUUGGUAUAAUACACAUCUCUUCCAUACUUACUUUGGUAUAAUACACAUCUCUUCCAUGCUUACUUUGGUAUAAUACACAUCUCCUCCAUACUUACUUUGGUAUAAUACACAUCUCUUCCAUACUUACUUUGGCAUAAUACACAUCUCCUCCAUACUUACUUUGGUAUAAUACACAUCUCUUCCAUACUUACUUUGGAUUAAUACACAUCUCUUCCAUACUUACUUUGGUAUAAUACACAUCUCUUCCAUACUUACUUUGGCAUAAUACACAUCUCUUCCAUACUUACUUUGGUAUAAUACACAUCUCUUCCAUACUUACUUUGGUAUAAUACACAUCUCUUCCAUACUUACUUUGGCAUAAUACACAUCUCUUCCAUACUUACUUUGGUAUAAUACACAUCUCUUCCAUACUUACUUUGGUAUAAUACACAUCUCUUCCAUACUUACUUUGGUAUAAUACACAUCUCUUCCAUACUUACUUUGGUAUAAUACACAUCUCUGUCAUGUUAAGCACAUCCUUCUUUUUUUAUCAGGGUACAAAGUGAAGUAUGAUGACCGUGUUAAUUUGGGUACUACUAUCCUGGACAUUUGUAAGAUGUAUCAGUUCGUGUCCAGAGGUACUGUCCCUUUAGGUUACGCUCUUUUUUCUUUUUUUAUUCCACAUAUCUUUCUUUCUCUAAAGCAGUUCUACCUACCUAGGUAUCUGGAGUUUUAUACAGGUAUCCUCUGAUGUUAUAUGAAUUUAAGUGUGUGUAUAUAUCAGUUCAAAACCACUUAAACACAAGACUGUGAACCUUGGGACUGGCUAUUUUGUCUUGAGCAAAAUAUCAAUCUUGUGCUGUUUUUAUUUUGUUAAAAAGUUUUAUGUUAGAUCAGUUUCUUUUUCUUGGACAGUCAUUUUCAAACAGCAUUUUUAGAUUACAGUGUAUUCAUCAGAAAGGUUUACAUGCAUAAUAUUCGAUUUACCAAGAGGCCUUGUCUUUGUAUUUUCUGAAGAUUUUUGCACCAAUGUUUUGUAUGGCAAAAUCAUUAUUAAAAAUGUACAUUGUUUGGUCAUA